UUGAUGUUAUGUCCAAAGAGUGUCCGUUGUUAACAAUUGGCCCAACAAUUCCAUCAUUUUACGUGGACAAACGAAUUCCACAUGACAAAGAAUAUGGCCUAAGUCUCUAUCCCAUUGACCCUACUCCUAUCACCAAGUGGUUAAGCACAAAGUCACCCAAAUCAGUGGUUUACGUCUCAUUUGGUAGCAUGGCAUGUCUAACAAAGGCUCAAAUUGAAGAAUUGGCAUGGGGGUUGAAGCAAAGCAAAUACCACUUCUUGUGGGUGGUUCGAGCUUCCGAGGAGCACAAGCUUCCAAAUGGCUUUGCUGAUGAGUUGGCCGCGAAAGGCCUAAUAGUAAGAUGGUGUCCACAACUAGAGGUACUCUCUAGUGAGGCAAUUGGAUGUUUCUUUACUCAUUGUGGUUGGAACUCGACAUUAGAGGCAUUGGUUUUGAGCGUCCCUUUGAUAGGAAUGCCACAAUGGACUGAUCAACCUAUGGUUGCUAAGUUAGUUGAGGGUUUGUGGAAAGUAGGAGUAAGAGUGAAGGUCAACGAGGAAGGACUUAUAAGAAGAGAGGAAAUCGUGGAACGUGUAAUUGAAGUCAUGGAAGAAAAAAGGGUGGAGUUCAUUGAAAAUGCUAAGAAAUGGUUGGAUUUGAUGAAAAAAGCAAUGUCUAAGGGUGGAUCUUCGGAUAGGAACAUAGAUGAGUUCAUAUCUAAAAUCUUAAGGUCUUAAUAGUCCAUUUGGAUUAAAUAAUAAAUAGUACGUGCUAAUAAUUAUCAUUUGAUAACGUGUUUUAGUACAUACGAGUACUAUUAAUUAAUUCAAAUUAAU